GCGACUUUUUCUGUUGUUACGUGGUCACUGUGUUUUUUAUUUGUCAACAGUGCAACAUAUAAAGACGGUCAGGAGGUGAAACUCUAUGUGAAUAAAGUUGGACCCUAUUUCAAUCCCCAUGAAACUUACCAUUAUUACCAGCUGCCAGUCUGUCGACCAGUUACGAUUGAACAUAAAAGUCUAACACUUGGAGAAGUCUUGGAUGGAGACCGGAUGGCUGAAUCUACUUAUAAGAUACAGUUUAAAAAGAAUGCGGACAAGAAGGAACUCUGCAUGGUGUCGUACUCCAACAAGGAUUUGGAACUCCUCAAGAACGCUAUUGAAGAUCUGUAUUAUUUCGAGUUUGUCAUAGAUGAUAUUCCGCUGCGUGGUUUCAUUGGCCAUUUGGAAGAAGGUGGUUUUCUUCCACACAACCACAAGGUUUACCUUUGGGCACAUCUACACUUCAAUAUUGAGUAUAACGGAGAACAUAUAAUCUAUGCGAAUGUCUCGACAAAGGAGCAGCCCCCUGUCAGUUUGGACGGUGUGACAACUCCCUUUGAAGUGGCCUUCACCUACAGUGUUAAGUGGCAUGAAACCAGUCUGAAGUAUGAAGAUCGAAGUAAAAGGCUGCGAGAUAGCAGCUUUUUUCCAAAAACUCUAGAAAUUCACUGGCUGUCAAUCAUCAACUCGAUGGUUCUCGUCUUCCUGCUGAUAGGAUUUGUUGUCAUUAUUCUGACGCGUGUGCUGAAGAGUGAUUUUGCUCGGUACAACAUGGAUGAUGAGGAAUCAGAGGAUUUGGACCAGGAUGACAACGGGUGGAAGAUCAUCCACACAGACGUCUUCAGGUUUCCUCCUCACAAGAAACUCUUCUGUGCUAUAUUAGGUGUUGGUAGCCAGUUUCUGGCACUGGCAACAGGCAUCUUACUGAUGGCGCUCAGUGGAAUGUUCAACGUUCACCAACAUGGAGCUAUCAAUUCAGCCGCUAUUAUCUUGUACGCCUUCACUGCUUGUAUUAGUGGCUAUGUGUCUACAAAUAUAUUCCGCAGGAUGGGUGGAAACAACUGGGUGUGGAUCAUCAACCUGACGUCCGCACUCUUUGCUGCUCCAUUCUUUAUAGUGUGGUCUUUUAUCAACUCUGUAGCCUGGGCAUAUGGGACUACACAGGCGUUGCCAUGGACAACAAUUAUCUUGCUAAUAGCAUUGUGGGUGUUUGUUGGCUACCCUCUGACAGUAGUUGGUGGUAUUUUUGGAAAGAACUGGGCAAAUUCGUUUGAUGCUCCCUGCAGAACAAAAAACAUUGCGCGGGAAAUACCCAGUGUCCCAUGGUAUAGAUCUGCAUUCGCUCACUGUGUUGUAGGAGGCUUCUUGCCGUUCAGUGCCAUCUCUGUGGAGCUGUACUAUAUAUUUGCCACACUGUGGGGUCGUGAGCAAUACACACUGUUCGGAAUCCUCUUCAUAGUGUACGGCAUUCUGCUGAGUGUCACCGCUUGCAUCUCGGUCGCGCUGACCUACUUUCAGUUGUCUGCAGAGGACUACCGGUGGUGGUGGAGGUCUAUAUUCAGUGCAGGCUCUACCGGCCUGUUUGUCUUCCUGUACGCUCUGUUCUACUACUUCAAGCGCUCCAACAUGUCGGGCAUGCUGCAGACGAUCGAGUUCUUUGGCUACACCAUCCUCACGUGCUACGUCUUCUUCCUCAUGCUGGGAACCGUCUCAUUCUUCGCGUCGUUGAAAUUUGUCAGAUACAUUUACGUCAAUCUGAAGAUGGACUGACCAGACGGAAGAAUGUGUUUGAAUCUUUAUCCUCAUAAUAUGUAGAAGGUGUUUACAUAUCGAAAUGUAGCAGGCCUUUGAGAAUUGAGAAUUUGCGUAAUCCAUUUAUUUAGUUUUUACGUAACCUGCCAUGACCAUGUAAAUGACAUUAUACAUUCAAUGUGCGAACGAACAAUGGGCUAAGCAAAACUAUACUUACAUGAGCGACAUGCGAACGAAACUAUCGCUCUCGCAAUUUUCAAAGGACUGCUGUUGGACCGGGUCAUCGAUGUUAACAUACAAGUCAUACUUUGUCUCACGCGACGGUGUUGACAGGGUUCUUUAAGUCUGCUUUAAGCAGGAGAUCACAUGUAGAAGUUGCACCUGAAAUUUUUUAAUGUUCACUAUCUAAUAUAACCUGUCAUAGUUAUCGUAUUUCCCUCAUAAGGAUAUAUUAGAUUUUGUGACUAUGGCAAAUUGUUAAAAUAGAUGAUCUGUGAUAGAAAUAGCUGUCUUCAAAUGUAUUGGGUUUUACAUUUUAUUUUAAAGAAGAUUAUAAAUUAUUAAUAUAUUAACAUAUGCAUACGAGGCAAGGGGAGGGGCAAAACCUCAAAUUCAGGCAAAAAUGAUAGAGAUAUUCGGGCAAAAUGUGCUAACCUGAGACCUUUUUACCAUGUAUUUCCAUCAUUCUAUCAUCAAAAUUAGUUGUAAUCCAUGUAAAAAUGCAUAGUGAUUCAUUUGCAACCCUAUAUAACGGGAUAAAAUGUUGUUAUUAAAAUUUGGGCAGUUUUGCUUAAUUCGGGCAAAAACCAGCCUGCCCCCUACAAAAAUUGGAGUCCGUACGCCUAUGUAUAUUAAAUUCACAUAUAGUCAACUAAGUUUUUUUAGUAUAGGUAUUACUUUGCCAGCGGUGGUGGAAUCGACUUUUGCAUUUAGAUCAGUUUCUCACAAACUGUAAGUCGUAGAUGUGUGAAACUUGGUUUAUAGUUGCACCUACAGAUGUUCAUCACAGUGCACUUAAAAGGUUUAUGGUAGGCAAGACAUUUAUUCCAUGGAAUUCCUGUUUUAGCUUUCUAAGAGGCUUCCAUUAUAAUUAAUAUUUACUAACAGCAAUAUGUAAUGAGGACUCAGCUCAGUGUUUUAUCACCGCCUGUGUCAGACAUUUGAAACAUCAGUUAGUGUUAUGUCAUAGUAGCAGAAAAGGCUCUAUUGCGUGCAUAUUCUUACAGAUGGGAAAGCACAUACCAUGGCAUUUGUAUAGCCUUAGUACAAAUGAUGCAUAUUAACAGUCAUCAUACAGUUGUUGAUUUGUUGAUGAAUACAAUUGAAUGUACAAAUCUGCAUUACCACGGCACAAAAAUACUUCCAAGUCCCAGAUUAAUAAUUCUACUUUUGAAAAAAGAAAAAAAGAAAAAAAAAAGAAACAAGUAAAAUAUAUCAAACAGAGAACCCAUUUUUCAAAUGCCAAUAAAUAUUGUGAUCAUAUGUUUUUUUCAAAUAAUUCAUAACUACAAAAUGGACCAAAUCCUUUAGUGGGGAAGACAAUUACUGGCUCAUUGUUAUCAUAUUGGGUGUUUUCCCUAGAGAUUUGGCAAGGCAUGGUAAACUAAACAACAAUUGUCACGCUGUUCUAUAAAGAAGGCAGGAAGAAUGUUUUUUUUAACGACGCACUCAACACAUUUUAUUUACGGUUAUAUGGCAUCAGACAUAUGGUUAAAGAUACACACAGUUAUUGAGAGAGGAAACCCGCUGUCACCACUUCAUGGGCUAC